ACCAAUCCUACCAUGAGUCUACGUCGGACCGCGCUAGCGACGGUUGUGUCGAUACCGGUAUUGUAACAUUCGUGACAUUGUGACUCAGGCGAUAGGGGAAAACACAUGUUAGCAAGCCUUAUAAUAGUUUUGUGAAGUGCGAACAUGGAUACGAAUGUUAAAGAAAUGAAACCCAGGCCGUUCAGUUUAAAAAUGCGUAUUCUGAGUGCGUUAAGAAGCAUUUUAGAUGCAAUGACGCGUAUUCUAUUCAAACUGUAUUACGGGACAAAAGGAAAAGGGAUACCGCCAAUAAAGGACAGUAUACUUAAACAGCCGGCUAUUGAAGUCGCCAGAAAAAUAAGGAUGAGAGAGGUAUCCAGCGUAGAAGUAUUAAAUAUUUGCAUACAAAGGAUAAAGGAAACCGAUCCAGUAACUAACUACUUCACGGACGAUCGUUUUGAAUUGGCAUUAAAGGAAGCAAAAGAUGCAGACGAUCUUGUUAAAAGUGGGUCAAUGUCUAUAGCAGAUUUAGAACGGGAGAAGCCAUUUUUAGGCGUACCCUUUACAACUAAAGACAGCAUUGGCGUAGAAGGACUACAUAUGACUGCCGGUAUCACAUCAAGGAAGGACUGUAUAGCCGAAAAAGACGCCGAUGUAAUAAAACUAUUAAAGGACACUGGCGCCAUAAUUAUUGGAGUCACUAAUGUCCCGGAAAUGUGCAUGUGGUACGAAACUUACAACUGCAUAUACGGGAGGACACUGAAUCCAUAUAACACUACCCGUAUGGUGGGCGGGUCGUCGGGCGGCGAAGCUGUUAUACAGACUCUUGGAGGGAGCAUAUUUGGAAUCGGGUCCGACAUAGGCGGCUCUAUUCGCAUGCCCGCUUAUUUUAAUGGCAUAUUUGGCCACAAACCCACGAGAAGAGCAGUGUCUAAUAAAGGACAAUAUCCUGAAAUCAAGAAUGAUGAUAUUAACCUGUACUUAUGCAUAGGACCCAUGACGAGAUUUGCCGCUGAUUUAAAGCCCAUUCAGAAGAUCAUAUCAGGAGACUACGCAAAAACCCUUGAUCUGGACAAACCUGUGGACAUUGGAAAACUUAAAGUCUAUUACCAGUUCAGUAAUGAAGCCCCAUUGAUAAGUGACGUAGAUCCAGAAAUAAGACGAGCACUGUUAAAAGUUGUCGAACAUUUUAAAGUAAAACAUAACAUAGUUAGCGAGGAAAAGAAAAUCGAAUGGCUAAAGCGAUCUCAAGCAAUAUGGUUCACAACAAUGAAGAGCGAAACUCCCUUCGCAUCUUACAUAAUGAAAAACCCGAGCAUGACAUCAAAUAUUAUAGAAAUAUUCAAAAAUCUGUUUGGUUUCUCGGGAAAUACUUUGAUUGGACUCUUUGUUGCGUUGACAGACCAAGAAAAGUUUGAUCCAAAGAGCAAGAAAUACAAAUACUUUAUGGAGGCUCGUGAUUAUUUAGAGGAGGAGAUUAAGAAAAUGCUGGGAGAUGAUGGCAUCUUUCUGUAUCCCACACAUCCAACAGCAGCUCCCUAUCAUAACCAGCCGCUAGUAAGACCAAUGAAUUAUCACUACACAGCCAUAAUAAAUAGUCUGGGUUUCCCAUCAACUACUGUACCUCUUGGAUUAAACAGCGAAGGUCUGCCGAUAGGACUCCAGGUUAUAGCAAAUUUCAAUAAUGACAGAUUAUGUUUCGCUGUUGCUGAAGAAUUAGAAAAGGCAUUCGGGGGCUGGGUUGAGCCCCAAAGUGAUAAAAGGAGGUAGUAGUUAAAAUUAUUAUUUAAAAAUUAAGUGCCUACUGUUACUGGGAUGAUAAGUUAUUUGAAGACAAUGUUUAUGCAAUUAAUUACUUAUAAUAUUUGUUAGUAUCUCAUUUUAAUUUAUUAUAGUGUUUUUAAUCAUUCUGAAUAAAAAAUUGUUUUAUUUUGAUAUCAUAAUUAUGUAAGUUUGAUUUCUCCUAACAAAUAAAGUCACUAAAAAUGGCAAUGU